AUGAAUCAAUUACAACAAAAUGGAGUACUUAGCGCACAAAGGAUUCAAGAUCUUGAAAAAAUUGAAAAAAUGAUUGUGGAGUUAUUAAAUGUAGCAGCUCAGGCCAUUAUGUGUUUAGCAUCAGACGGACAUGUUAACAAAGAUGCUAUUGAAGAGUCUAAACAUAGAAAGCUUAGUGAAAAAGAACAAAUUCAAAUGUUUGAUGACUUGACAAAAAAUUUUGGAGAAUUGAUAGAUAAAAUACAAAUUGGCUUACGUGUGCAAUUUCGUCAUAUGCGUAAUAUGGGGAUUACAGCUGGAGAUAUACCUUUUCGUACUGUUACCUAUGGUGAAGAAAAAGAAUAUGAAACUUGGUUGAAUGCAGCAAAAAUUUUAAGAAAAGAACUUGAAAAUUUGGUGGAUAUUGGAGUUGCAGCAGGAGAUUUAUCAGAUAUAAAAAAUGAAGUAAUGGAUAUUGAUGAGCAACAGGAACAUCAUGAUAAUAUCUAA